AUGGCUGAGAAGGAUAGCGGCAAUGGCUUCGACCUCAACCAGGAGGGCAGCCACCAAGGCCAGACAACUGAGUACAACCUUGCCGACUCACACGACCAACUUGAGCGAGGUCUCAAGAGCCGACACAUUCAGUUCUUGGCUCUGGGUGGCGCCAUUGGUACCGGUCUCUUCAUCGGCUCCGGUGCUAUCCUCGCUCGAACCGGCCCUGCUCCUCUUUUCAUGGCCUACCUCUCCAUGAUGCUGAUGGUCUGCAUCAUCAUGAACAUCCUCGCCGAAAUGGUCACCUACCUUCCCAUGCGCGGCAUCACCGUCCCCUACUUCGUCGGCCGUUUCGUUGAUCCCAGUUUGGCUUUCGCCGCCGGCUGGAACUACUGGUACGCCUACUCCAUGUUGGUCGGAGCCGAAGCGGUUGCGGCCGGUAUCAUCAUUGACUAUUGGAACCCUCCUGUCAACAUUGGCCUCUGGAUUGCCAUUGUCCUUGUGGUUAUGCUGGCUCUCAACAUCAUCGCUGUCUCCUUCUUCGGAGAGGCAGAGUUCUGGUUCGCGAGUAUUAAGCUUAUUACCAUUUGCGGUCUCAUCAUCCUCGGCAUCGUCAUCUUCUUCGGCGGAGGCCCUAACCAGGAUCACAUUCGCGGUUUCCACUACUGGAAGACUCCUGGAGCCUUCAUCGAAUUCAAUGCGAAGGGUUCUACAGGCCACUUCCUCGCCUACUGGAGCGCCUUCAUCAGCGCCGGUUUCGCCUUCAUUACCUCCCCGGAACUGAUCGCCAUUUCUGCUGGCGAGGCCGUUGCCCCGCGACGAAACAUCCCCAAGGCCGCUCGUCGUUUCAUCUGGCGUCUCGCCGUCUUCUACGGUGUUUCCUCCCUCCUCAUUGGUAUUCUCGUACCCUCCGACGACCCUCAACUGCUUGGCGCCUCCGAUGCUAGCGCCUCCCCCUUCGUCAUCGGCAUCCAGAACGUCGGUAUUCCUGUUCUUAACCACAUCAUCAACGCCGCCGUCCUCACCUCUGCCUGGUCUGCCGGUAACUCUUUUCUCUACUCCGGAAGCCGAGUUCUUUACUCCAUGGCUCUGAACAACCAGGCUCCCAAGUGGUUCCGCAUCACCAACAAGUACGGUGUCCCCUGGGUUGCUGUUCUCUUCACCUGGGCAUUUGGCCUCCUCGCAUUCCUGAACGUCUCCAACUCCGGCGCCACUGUUUUCAACUGGUUUGUCAACAUUUCUACCAUCUCCGGCUUCAUCGCUUGGAUUGUUGUCAUGAUCACCUACCUCCGCUUCCGCCGCGCUAUGGAAUUCAACAACCUGCUCGAGUCGCUGCCUUACAGGACCCACUUCCAGCCCUACGCCACCUGGAUCGUCCUCCUCAUCGUCAGCAUCCUCACUCUCACCAACGGCUUCUCCCUGUUCAUUGGUGACAACUGGAACACCCAGAGCUUCAUCGCCGCUUACAUUACCCUCCCCAUCUUCUUGGUGUUGUACAUCGGUCACAAGCUUUGGUUCCGCACUCCUCUGUGUAUCAGCAUCCAGAACAUUGACGCCAUCACCGGCAAACGUGAGAUGGACGAGCUCGAGGCUUCAGAUGUGCCUCCUGUGCCCAGGAACUUCCUUGAGAAGGUCUGGUUCUGGAUCGCCUAA